UAUACCAACACCAUUUAAAACAUAUAAUAUUAAACAAUACACAUCCCAUACAUUUGAAAUUUUAACCCACAAAACUUUUACAGAUAUUUUUUUUAAAAUGCCUCGGAGAUAUAAUUCUUUUGAUAGGUUUGAUAGGCCACGACCACCGAAAUCGGGUCUAAGAGGCAAAGAAAUUGGAAUGUAUUAUAAAGCUUUAAGUAUUGAAAAAGGAAAGAAAAAUAAGAAAAACAAUGUGAUACGCUUCAAAAUUCCACCAAGCAUUGUCUCAUCACUGUAUAGUAAUUUAGCAUCAAUAGAAAAGCUUGCUAAAGGACUGAACAUUUGCAUAAAACCAAUAGAAAAAUUGACUAUUGCAGAAACACCAAAAGGUACAAUAGGCUUAAAACCUGAACUGUCAUUACAUGAAGCCAUGUACAUGAACACGACUGCAGCUGAAAACAAAAACAGUGUGCAGGCACGUGAUAAUGAAAAUCUAUUUGAAGCAAAAACACCACUAACUGAUUUUAAAAAGCUAGAAGAUAUUUCAAUGAUAUCUGAAGAUGCUGAAUUACGUUCACCAAGCAGUGUUGACAACAAAUCAAAUGGUAUACCUGUUUUUGGAAGUAUCCAAAAAGAAAUAGAUGAUACUGCAAUAUGUUCACCAGAUAAAAAAAACAAAAUUUUGGAAACUGAUAAUGAUGUUUUAAUGACCCCAGGGUCAUCUAAGGAUUUUAUUUCAGUAAAGGAUGAAACUGUGGAAAUCAAAUUAGAGAACCGUUUUUUAUCACUUAGAAGUUCAGUUAACUAUAAAUAUGGCUACGAAGACAUCAUAACUGGGACGUUUGAUGAAAAAUUAGAUGAAUGCUUGGCAAGAGGAAUCAACAUUAAUAUUAAGAAUGAAGUAAAUAAUGAUCUCAGUUUUGCAAUGAUAGAAGAAUACAAUGAUAUGUUGAGCAAAGAUGGUUAUAAAUUGCACAUGAAAUUUCGUGACAAGCUACCUACAUACCAAAAAUAUGAAGAGCUCUUAAACAUGAUCAACAAUAAUCAAGUUUUGGUCAUAAGUGGAGAAACAGGAUGUGGCAAAUCGACACAGGUACCUCAAAUAAUUCUAGAUGAUGCCAUUAUUAACAAAAGAGGUGCAAAUGUGAAGAUUCUAGUAACUCAACCCAGGAGAAUCGCAGCUUCAUCAUUAGCUAUGAGAGUGGCUGAAGAGAGAAAUGAGAAACUAGGGAAUAGUGUGGGAUAUGCUGUUAGAUUGGAGAAGGUUGAUCCAAGGCCUCUAGGAAGCAUUAUGUUUUGUACCACAGGUAUACUACUGACUGAACUUGAAGUUAAUCAAAGUUUGUCUAACUAUAGCCAUAUUAUCCUCGAUGAAGUGCAUGAAAGGGACACACAUAUCGACUUGUCUAUGUGUAUGCUAAAAAAGGUACUGAAUAAGCGAAAAGACUUGAAACUAAUACUUAUGAGUGCCACAAUAAAUGCUGAACAUCUCACUUCCUACUUUGGUGACUGUCAAAGAAUCCACAUUGAAGGUAUAGCAUAUCCUGUCCAAGAUGUUUAUUUAGAAGAGAUAUUGAAAAUGACUGGAUAUAAGUUGCCACCCGCUGAAAACAAAAGAGCUGAUAAGAGAAAGACUUGGCAAAAUCACACGAAAAAGGCUAAAGCUACGGCAGCCUCUGAAAUGGAAAAAGACAUACAAUAUAAAGCAGAAAUUGGACCAUGGCUAGAAACCAUAAGAAGCAAAAUCGGUUGGGAUGUAUGUACUACAUUAUUAGAUGCAAGGAUCGAAGAUAUUAAUAUUGAUUUAAUUGUAGAAGUUCUUAAAUUAAUUAGCAGUAAAGAACCCGGCGCCGUCCUGGUGUUUUUACCGGGAAUCGGUGAUAUAACCAAGCUCAUGUCCGUGAUGGAGCAGAGUUGCGAAUUUCCGAGAUCGAAAUUCGACAUAUAUCCUCUACAUUCGCGACUACCUUCUUUGGAACAACACAAGAUUUUCCAAAGACCACCGACCGGUAUCCGAAAAAUCAUAAUAGCUACGAAUAUAGCUGAAACAUCAAUUACUAUCGAUGAUAUUGUAUACGUAAUCGAUUGCGGUAAGAUUAAAUACAGCGGACUAAGCAUAGCGGACAACAUCUCGACUUUGAAGACUGAGUGGAUAUCUCAGGCCAAUUUGCGACAAAGACGAGGCCGCGCCGGUAGAUGCCAACCCGGCGUCUGUUAUCACCUAGUGACAUCGUUCCGAGCUGGGAAACUCGAACCGAGCCUAAAGCCUGAGAUGCAGAGGAGCGACCUACUCGAGCCCGUGCUUGCCAUAAAACGGCUUCGACUCGGUAAAGCUGCUGAUGCUUUAAAGGAUAUGGCGGCUCCACCGGCAGAAGAAACUAUUAAAGCUGCCGUUAAACAUUUACAACAAUGUGGAGCCCUCAAUGAAUCAGAAAUCUUAACACCUCUUGGUUGGCAUUUGGCACGACUACCAGUUCACCCUGCGGCUGGUAAAUUAUUGCUGUUGGGAGCGCUGUUCGGUUGUUUGGACCGAGCCGCCAGCGUUGCCGCCGUUUGGGGCUUCAAAGACCCUUUUCAGUUAGUUAUUGGAAAAGAAAAACAAAUGGACCUAGCCAAAAAGGAAUUAGCCCUAGGUGAGCCAAGUGACCACGUUGCGAUAUCCGAGGCGAUUAUACAAUGGGAACAAUGCCCCAGGCAACAUCGUAAUAAUUUCGCAUACAAAAACUUCCUUUCUAUGAAUACUCUGAAAUUACUCUCUGAAAUGAAGCAUCAGUUGGCCGACAAUUUGAGGCAGAUGGGCUUUUUGAAUACUGGCAACAUCAAAUCGGCUUGGGAAAAUAGAAAUGCUAAUAAUCUAAGCCUUUUUAAAGCUAUAGUCGCUGCAGCGCUAUACCCCAAUAUUGGUUCUGUGAGAUGGACGAAUCUUCAUAACCGAAAUCCACGUAAGACUCCCCGCAUCAAGGUUUGGACUCCGGAAGACGGCUCGAUCGCGCUGCACCCCAGCAGCGUCAUGGCGAACAAACACAACGGCGGCCUCAACGCUCAGCCGAUGUGUUCGAGCCCGGGCGCUAACUGGCUGGUGUACUGGUUGAAGCGGCGCUCGACCGAUUUGUUCUUGUUUGACGUCACUCUGGUCUAUACUCUGCCUCUGUUGUUUUUCGGUGAACUUCACGUAUCUCCAGCAGCUGAAGACCCAGAUGACUGUAUCAUAUCGAUAGAAAAGAUAUCUGUUUGUUGCAAGAAGGAAACUACACAAUUGCUGUUUGAAUUGCGGUCGUUAUUAGACCACGUUCUAGCCGACAAGAUCAUGGCGUCUUCUGAACACUCCGUAAAAAAUAAUGCCUUUGAAGAACAGGUUCUGAAUGCAGUGAUAAAGCUUAUUACAGCAGAGGACGAGGGCGCUGAAUAUUUGAACAGCGACGACGACAAUUCCGAAUCUGAUCAUUCAGAAUACGAAACGAGCAGGAGGUGGUACCGUUAAGCUCUCUCGGUCAUUGUACACCAGCCUAACGUCUGUUGCUUCCCUCACGUGGACUACACUACAUAUGGGCGUGAGCGAAAAUGCGAGCUCAUCAUUAACAUGAAAAGUAGUUUAAAAACGAUUUCCACGUCGAUUUUCGUUAAAAUCGAUUUUUAUGACGUAUGUAGGUAAAGGAAGCACUUGGUGACAGUCAGUACCUUGCUAUGCCAUCCAUGAUCGAACACUGGAGGAACGUCACAUGUGGUUGCGAACCUCAGCAGUGAGGGAACGAUAUAGAAGAAAGGCAGACGAACAUACGGCUUAUC